AAUCUCCGCCUCCGCCGUCGUCGACCCCAACUCAAAAACGAAACGAUGCCCUCCCGCCACCACCGCCUGGCGUCGCUGACGAAGCAGCUGACCUCCCACGUGAACGCCGGCCGCCACCGCGAUGCUAUCACGCUCUUCUCCCGCAUGCUCUCCGCCCCCGACCUCCCGCCGCUCACCGACCCCUCCUUCGCCCACGCCUUCCCGCUCGGCAUCAAGUCCGCCAACGCCCUCCGCGUCCCCCGCACCGCCGCUUCCUUCCACGCGCUCGCCGCCAAGUGCGCCCUCCUCUCCAGCCCCUUCCUCUCCUCCGCCCUCAUCGCCUCUUACGGCAGCUCCCACUCCCCCGCCCCCGCGCUCGCCCGCCGCCUGUUCGACGAAUUGCCCGCCCGCAACCGCAACGCCGUCGUCUGGAGCGCCAUGAUCUCCGUCCACGUCUGGGCGGGCGACCUCGCCGCCGCGGCUACGGCGCUCGACCUCAUGGAUGUCGCCCCGACCGCUUCCUGCUUCAACACUGUGAUCGCUGCGGUCGUCGAGUCUGGGGACCACCCGGCCCGAGCCAUCGAGGUGUACCGACAUAUGCGAAGAGUGGGCGUCGCGCCGAGCUUCAUCACCCUGCUGGCCCUCGUCCCCGCGUGCACCGCAAUGGGCACGCUGAGCUCGAUCAGGGAGGUGCAUGGCUUCGCGGUGCGGCAUGGCAUGUCUAGGAGAUCCCACAUUGGCAGCUCCCUCAUCGAGGCGUACGGGCGCUGUGGUUUUCUAGCUGGCGCGCAGAGGGUUUUUGAUCAGGUUCAGGACCGUGAUGUGGUUGUUUGGAGCUCACUGGUAUCGGCUUAUGCUUUCCAUGGCCAUGCGGAGGUUGCAAUGUCGCUUUUCAGACAUAUGGAGGAGCAGGAUGAUGUCCGGCCUGAUGGAAUCAUGUUCCUUAGUUUGUUGGCGGCCUGCGCCCAUGCUGGUCAUGCUGACGACGCAUUGCAGUAUUUUGAUGUUUUAACAAAGAGAUACGGAGUGGAGGCAUGCGGGGAUCAUUAUUCGUGCUUGGUUGAUGUCUUGGGGCGGGCAGGAAGGCUGCAUCAAGCCUACGAGGUUAUACGGACAAUGCCAGUGAAGGUUACAGCGAAAGCCUGGGGGGCUCUUCUUGCUGCUUGCAGGAAAUAUGGGGAGGUGAGGUUGGCAGAGGUUGCCGGGAGAGCAUUGUUUGACAUUGAACCAGAGAAUGCAGGAAACUUUGUUUCGCUUGCCAACAUCUAUUCAGGCAUGGGCAUGCAUGAGGAGGCAGAGCAGGUGAGGAGGGAUAUGGAGCAGAGAGGUGUGCAGAGACUGCCUGGUAGCAGUUGGAUGAUACACCGCAAGUCAAGUUUUGCUAUCAGUCAAAGCGCGAAGGGACUGACUGAUUGUUCUUCUGCAGUGAACUUCUAUGAAAAAUCAGACAAAGUGUCAUCAGUCAUCACUGGUUCACAGCAAAGUUUAUUCAGAUCUGCAAUAGCUAUGGAAAGAAACAUGAAAUUUGUUUGUGGUGAUGGUGUGAAGCGAGGUGUAUAUGUAUCAGCAGCCAUGACUCAGUUUUGAGGGCCUGGAUAUAUCCAAAUCCCUUGUCUCUACUGUGUUGAUUUUGUUCCAAGACUUGGAACUAGUGCUCCCUGCAUUAUUACUUUGUAAGAUUCAUAGGUUGGUCACCAGCCGUCGACAAUGACCAUGCUAAAUGUUGGAGCCAACCAAGGGUCACACUCAUGCUACUGCAAACAUGAGCACACCUUGGCCUAAUUCAGAAACAAACUCAAUGUUGACACACACACACACUCUCGAGAGCACUUGUGGUGAUGCAUGCCCUUUUGUUUUCUGUAUUCAGACUGCAAUCAAACAGCUGAGAACACAUGGCUUUUAUAGCCCUGCUUACAUGCACAGGGGAGCAUCUACUGCCUGGGUCUCAUGUGCACGUACGCACGUUCCGUACCUGCGCACAGGUCUCAUGCGCACGUAUGCACGCUCCAUAGCUAGGUGUUUUUUGCUUGAGGAGAAGUGUUGUAGUAGUAUUUAACUUCGGCCAACUUCAUGCGAAUACCAAAAUACAAUAUCAGAAAUGUCCAUCUGCAGCACGAUAUAGUAAAAUUGUUUUACCAUCUGCUUUGAAUUUGAGGCGUCAGCAAAACACUGCCAUCCGUUCCUAAUAUAGAACUCCUUGGUGCCCUGGGAGGCUGCGACUAACAUCUGUUGAUAUUUUCUUCAUGUCUUUCGGGCCAAUCGAUUGGUUGCAUUAUCUGACCAACAUGAUGGUUAUCACUUGAAACUUUGAGAUGAGUUAGCAUGAUUCGGAAAUACCCAUGUAAACUGAUUUUUUUCAUUUUGAUUUUUUACAUAUUCGAACUAAGCAAGCUCAUACCUACAUUAAAUAAGAAAUACCUGUAUUCAUUGGAAAAUUCUAGUAGUAUGAACUCUUUGGGUUGCUUCAGUUAAGACACACAGAAGAGUAAUAACAUUAAGUAUUACUAUUUUAUUAUAAUUAUGAAGUUAAAUCUAGAAACAUAACAUGGGUGAAUGGUGAUGCGCACUCAGGAUGUUAGUUAAUUUGUCCAGUAUGUGAGAAGCUAACUGGUGUACACUGAUGACAGUUUCCCUGAACCAUGAUUUGUAGUGCGUGAUACUUUCCCUAUGCAUUAUGUAAUGGAGGAACACUUACCUAACAUCCUACACAAGAGGUCACUCUCAAAUAGCUCUGUUGUAGGUGGGCUAAAGGGCUGGCAUGGAUCGCUAUUGAUAGUGGUGCUAUGCCCCACGACAGAUGGCUUAUUGGCUGACGUGCAAGUAAUUCUGCCGACACAUCUUGUUUGCUUUUUUGCAUUAGAAAAACCUGAGAUUGUAACGCUGCUGAUAUUAAUCUGAACCACAUGAAUUUAUUAUAUUUUGCUUCAUAAAUUGUACUGAGAUCUGCCAUCAUACACUGCAUUGAUGGCGCUAUACACUACAAUUUUUUUUGCAAUUGUAAACUACGUACAUUCUAGGCUAAUUCGUAGUCCUCUCAAUGCAGUAUCAUAGUUAUGAUCACUAAAUUUGCCCGUUUCCAUCAGUACUUUUUCUGCACCAAAAUCCUUGACUGCUGCUACAAAUAUGUGGAGAGUGCAUUUCGCUAUAUUAGGCCAUGAAUCAUUGAAGAAAGAGCAUCUAUUCAAGGAAGGGAGCACACGACGUGCAUAAAUAUUUGACCAACAGGAGGUAGUGUGUUAUUAAAAGGGGUUUAUAUCUGUCGUUAUUUAUGUAGGUGGGAGCCUCUGAGUGGGAAACAUGUGUAUCAGAUUUGUUCAUGCAGCUCAUCUAUUAUCACUAAUUGAACAUAUCUAGAAAAUGAAACAUGCUUGAUAUGCCAUUUUGGUAGGAAAUGCUACAGCCAAGAAUAAAUUUCUUCAUGCUGAUCUGCCUGAAGUACUUAACCAUGUGUUUAUCUUCGAUUACUGUUCUUUUGGACCCUGUUCUGUGCUUCCCGUGCUUCCUUUAUAGAGUUUUAAAAAUUUCCAACCCUUUGAAAUGCCAUGACUAGACUUGCAAGAUCUUAUGGGUUUCAUCUCUAGACUACCCUAACUUUGUUUGGGAUUGAAAGGCUUUGUUGUUGUUGUUGUUCUUUGAAAUGCCUGUCCAACGACUUAUGGAAGUCUUUUAAGAUGGAAAAGCUUGUGGAUGGCACCUCAAUAACUAGUGCUAAAGCUAUGGUAUAAGAUAUCUCAGUUUUUCAAUUAAUUUGCCUUCUUUGGGCCUAAUUUGCAGGCUUAAUAAGGUAAUAACUAGCAGACACUACUCUUUUAUACUAGAAGCCACACAUUCUUGACAACUUUGCAUACGUGUCAUCCGUACACAUGUGUGGAUUUCAUCAAGGAUACUCAAGCUGUCGGCCCUUUAUUUAUUGAAAAGCAUAUACUUUUCAAAAGGGUCAUGAUGAUGCACACUAGAUAAAGUGCUUCACGUUCAUCUCUUCUGUGCCCUCUGCACAGUAGAUUUUUAAGUUACAUGCCAACUUUGCGUUAAUUUGAUCGAGGUAGCUAUCCUUGUUGAGUGCAUGAAUCAAUUCUGAACUAUAUCUGCUAAGUUAAUUUUGUUAGUUCCUUCCAACAGUAUCAUAUCUAUUGAUGUUACAUCCCUUAAAGCUCAGUAAGUUUCUGUUUUACCUCAGAAAACCCGUAGGGAGUCUUGUAUUGCCAACUUACUUUUUCCAUUCUGAAGCUAAAGCUCUUUAGUACAUUGGUAGUCGAUUCAUUAUGUUUUACCUAAUAAACAUAUCCUUGCAGACAUACCUGAAACUUCUAUCCAUAAGAGUAAAUGCGUCGCCUCCUUAGGUACCUUUCUUCCCACCCUCUAAAAGUGUAUUUCAUAUAAUUUGAACACCUUGUUUUUCUUGGAAAAGACAGGCAGUGGGAUCAGCAUCAAGCACUACCACCAGGCCAGCAGAUGCAUGUGGACCACAGCACUGGCCAGUACCACGGAUGGUUCUGCCUACCUGACCGUGCAAGUCAGUCCAUUUCUCAUCGACUUUUGUACGUGCAAGUGC